AUGUAUUCUAAUUUUGAGUUGCUUAUCACUGAACUUUUCACAACAACCACAUCAUCGAAAGUCGUUUAUCAGUUGAAUCUGAUUCUUCAGGAACAGAUUGAUGAGUCCCUAUCAAAAUUCGUCGCCGAAUGUUUCAGUUGUAUAUUAACGUUGGAAUCUUGGACAUGGCGUCUUCUUAGUCAAAAUUCUCAUCAGUGGAUCGACGAGUCAUCGUAUCGUGAAUUACUUUACUCACUAGCCUCAUUCAAUAAAAAACUGGUCUAUGACUACAAUGGUAUCGAAGUCGAUCGGAAGGCUGCUUUGCUCUUUCCAGUUACUGUUGAGCAAAUCAAGAAUAUUUUCCAGCAAAUCGAACAAACAAAAGAUGACAACGAUCCUUUUAUAUUCAUCGUCAGUCUUUGGUUCGAUAACCAUUCGUACUUCGUACACGAUAAUCCACAUGCGACUAAAUUGUCGAUUACUGACUAUAUCAAUCAAUAUAUCGUAGAGCGUUACAUAAUGACCAGACAAUUCAAAUCGUACCUCGCCGAACUUCGACGUUCAGAUCUAUCAAGUACAAUCUUUACCGCGAAGAUGCUAUUUCACGUCAAAACAAGUUUAUUUUCCUUAUUUUCCUAUUUGGGUACGAAGGAUCACCAGUAUUUCUAUACAGCUGACGAAAUGCUCCGAUACCUAAGUAAUGAUUAUUUACAAAUCGUCCAUGUCCAUCAUGCAACAGUCGCGCAGUGGAAUAGAGAUCUAUCGGCGUGUAUCGGACAUUUAACAGGUGUGAUUGCAAAAUGUUAUUGGUCAGAUGAGAAGAAUGGAACGAAUACGAAAAUACUGUUUCCAACCGAAGAAGUAACAUGCAAUCAUGUACGAGAACUGAUUCAAAUAUUGAGUUACGAACCUUUUUAUGAGGAAAUACGACCUGUACGAUGGAAUGAUGAAACGGUGUUGAUCGACUCGAUUUUGAUGGUUUUGUUGAGCAUUGUCAAAACGCAAAAUAUCAAUUGGUUCUUUAGAUCGAAUAUAAGCAUUCGCGAAACACUUCUCAACGUUGCCGAAAACUCCGCGUAUGAUGAAAUCUGUUUACGAGCAUAUGUCGUCAUGGGCGAAGUGUUAACCGAUGAGCAAUUGAAAGAAUUAAAGAUUACCAAUAGUAUGGCUGGCUUCUUCUUCAAAAUGCUUGAGGAAGCAUGGCAACACCCAUCUAAAGAAUAUAAGCAAAUACCAAUUCAAUACCUCCUGAGAGAUUUUCAAAUUCUAUCCAAGAACGAUUCCAUCAAGCAAAGAACAGCUGAUUUGUCUAAGGUACAACUUCUCAUUCAAGUGUCUGAACAAUAUCAAACGGUUUAUGACAUUUUCUGGACAUUAUCAUUUAAUACAGACAUUCAACAACAACUACGUUCGAAUCCAUUUUUCACGUCUCAAUUGCUGCAUCUGACAAGAGAGUGUGAGGACAAGAAACUGCGUCAGAUUGUUAACGGAAUACUCUGGAACUUGCAAGUCCACCAACAGUCUCAUCCAUCACCUGAUAUCUCAUCUCAAAACACUUUCGACAUCAUGAUCAGCUACUCUCACAAAGACAAGUCUCUCUGCAAACAGAUCUACGACGAACUCACUCGACGAAACUAUCGAGUAUGGAUCGAUUUCGAUCAAAUGCACGGAAAUAUCAUGGACGCCAUGGCAGAAGCUAUCGAUCGAUCACGAACUGUCAUCAUUUGUAUGAGUGAAGAGUAUCGAAAGAGUAAUUUCUGUCGAGCAGAAGCACACUAUGCAUUCCAGCAACAGCGUCACAUAGUUCCUGUUCUGACGCAGAAGCACUACAAGCCAGAUGGAUGGCUGUUGUUUCUGCUAGGUCCGUUGUUGUAUGUUGAUUUCACAGAACACGAACUCAAUGUGGCAAUCGAAAUGCUUCUGAAAGAACUCGGUGCAAAUGAUGUUCAUCAAGUCGAUGUUCAACCUGUAGUAUCAAAAGACGCUGCAGAAGUGUCAUUGCCUUCUGUUCCACGCACUACAACUUCCAUAACAAAACCGUUGUCACUCGACACAGAACGACACAGCAUGCUCCAAUGGGCACAAGCUGAAGUACAAGAAUGGCUCACGAACCAUCACCUCGUGCAAUUAUGUCGCCUGCUGAGUGACUGUGAUGGUCGAAGUUUAGUUCAUUUGUACAGGUAUAUGAAAGGUGGUGAGAGAUCAGUCGUGAUGUCAUUAUUACAAGACGAUUGUAUUCGUCGACUGAAUGAAAGCAUAUCACUAAUUGAGAUCUCACGUUUUCGAUCGUUGAUGCAUCAAGAAAGAUGGAAUAAAUAA